AGGGCUUUUUCUGCUUGCAGCCUUCUGUUGUACAACUUACUUCUUUCACUUGGGCCGAUAGAUUUCCAGUGAAAUGGCUGCACUAAUUAGGAGGAUUAUCAGCACAGCUAAAGCUCCUGCUGCUAUCGGUCCGUACAGCCAAGCAGUGGUGGUGGAUCGAACCAUGUAUAUUUCAGGACAGCUGGGAAUGGACCCUGCCAGUGGACAGCUGGUGGAAGGUGGUGUUCAGGCUCAAACCAGACAGGCUCUGGUGAAUAUGGGUGAAAUACUCAAGGCUGCUGGGUGUGGUUACACCAACGUUGUCAAAACCACAGUGCUCUUAGCCGAUAUGAACGACUUCACCAGUGUCAAUGACGUGUACAAGCAAUUCUUUAGCACCAACUUCCCAGCCAGGGCUGCCUAUCAGGUCGCUGCUCUCCCUCGAGGUGGACUGGUUGAAAUUGAAGCAAUUGCUGUUUUGGGCCCUCUGACCGACACUUCCUAACAAGUACAUUAAACAAGCAAAAACUAGAAAGAGCUAAAAGCACUGAAAAGUGUGAAACUGAUGUAAUUAUAGGUCUAGUAUCAUCAGCGAUUUAGUGCUGUUUUAACAUGCCACAGGUCACCUAGCAGACUAACGGCAGUCAGGUGUGGAGCACUUUCUCCUCCCUCACUGAUAAUGAUGAGAUGUAUUUGAAGACAGCACUGCAUUUUAAAUCCACUCUGCUCACAUUUCACUUACAAUAGCUGAGAAGUACCUAAGCUUGUUUGUUGGAUUGGAUUACACUACCGUCCUGUGUUGUCAUCAUGACAGUGUAUCCUCUCUCUUUGUACCAGCUGAUAGAUGAUCGAGCAUAACUGAAUAAUAAAAGGUUUUAAUUUUCCUUAAUUGCUUCUUAAUGUCAAGAAAACCGCCUGUAGAUGAUCACUGUAAUCUCACAUUGUCUCAUGUAGACUAAAAAGUCCUCAGCAAUUCUGCAAUAACUAUGAACAGAGUUUGUUUAACAGGGUUAACUCAUGGCAGAAUGGGUUGUUUAUUUGCAGGCUUGCAAACCCAUAAAGAACUAUAUGAUUUAAUUUCAGUGAUUAACUCCUCCUGUUGGAUUAAUGUGUCUGAAUCACUCGGUAUACUUUGGGGCUAAAUAAAAAUGUUCAGCCUGGAACUGCACAACACAAACUGAUUUUUCAAAACAGCAGUUCAAGUCUUCAUGUGCAUACUAAGUAUUAAAUAUUCCAAAAUAAUCAUUUUAUUUUCAGAGAGACUUAGCUUCUCAUUCUGGUACUCCGUGUUCACAUGCUUCAUUACAUGCAUGGUGCAGUGUGUCAGCAGGUGAGUCAAAUAUCGGUACAGGGGGGAAAGAAGAGCAGCGAGCAGCUCGUAUGCAAAGCCUGAAUUCAUUUAAAGGAUGUAGUCGGACCAGGGCGCCUUUUAUCCCCAGCGCCACACUCUAAUACAGCAACAGAGUAUUGUGACUAUUCAGAUGUCUUAUGCUUGAGUGGUUUUAAGUACGUAUGCUUCUCUAAACACACUACAGUAUGCACUGGGGUCUUGGAGAGACUGUGGUCACCAUAUACUAAAAACCAAUAUAAUCUCCAGUCACAAUUCAGUUACAGAGACAGAGUAUUAGUGAGUAAAACUUUAUUCUGUACACUAACAGGUUAGCAGAAUCAUAGACACAGUCAGAGAAAACGAAUAUAUUACAGGGAGUGAGAAGUGAAAUGAAAAAGAUCAAAACAAAAUUUGUUCCCAAAGCAUCAUCACAUCUUAUGAGGUUGCAGUAAUUUUCUAAUGCCCUUACACUUUUAAACUCAGCAUGUAGAACUAAAUAGUUAAAUAUUCUGCCCACUAGGCAAUGCAGUGUAAUGCACUCAAUCUAAAACUGACAAGCGUAUGACAUCAGCGUUACCCCGAAGUUCCUUUUGUUGGAAGGUUCAUUACUUUAAGAAAGAAAAGUUCACAAACACCCACCAGCUACGGAGCAACCACAGAAGGGUUUCCCAGAACAGGAACAUGGCCUCGUCUGUAUCCUUAACCCGCCAACGACUGAUUAUAAAAGUAUAUAUAAGUGCUAACCCUCUGCAUAUGUGAUCUUUGCCCACUUUUCAUUUAAGCAAAUCAAAACACUUUAAUGUGAACCAAUAAAAUGUUGAAAUAUUGAAA